AUGAGCCAACAGCACAACUCGAAUAACACGACCACGGGCAGCAGCCCUGGGAAUCCCACGGCCCAGAAGCCAGACUGGUCAGCAAGCCAGUAUCUCAAGUUUGGAAACGAGCGCACGCGCGCGGUACGAGAGCUGGUCGCGCAGAUCCCACUGCCCAAGGCCGACCGCAUCAUCGACGUGGGCUGCGGCCCAGGCAACUCAACCGAAGUCCUGGCAGCGCGGUUUCCAGGCGCGACCAUCACAGGCAUGGACUCAUCCCCGGACAUGCUAGCCAAGGCGCGAGAGGCCAUGCCGGGCGUCGAGUUCGUCGAGGGCGACCUGCGGACGUACUCGCCCGAGCCCGGCGCGGACCUCAUCCUCGGCAACGCCGUGUUCCACUGGCUGCGCGCCGAGGACCGCAUCCCCACCAUCCUGCGCCUCCUGCGGGCCCAGCGGCCGGGCGGCGUGCUCGCCCUCCAGAUGCCGGACAACUACGAGGAGCCAACGCACCGCGCGAUGCGGGAGACGGCGCUGCUCGACGGCCCCUGGUUCGAGCACUUCCAGGCGCUGCCCGCGGCCCAGCGCCCGGACUUUGACCCCGUCGAGGCGCCGGCCGACUACUACAACGCGCUGAUCCCGUUCUGCGAGAGGGUCGACAUCUGGCACGCGCUGUACCAGCACCCGCUCGACUCGCCCGCCUCCAUCGUCGAGUGGGUCAAGGGCAGCGGGCUGCAGCCCUUCCUCAACGCCCUGCCGGACCGGGAGGUGAAGGAGAGCUACCUUGAGGCCUAUGAGAGGAGGAUCGCGGAGCUGUACCCCAGGCUGGCCGACGGCAAGGUCCUUUUACGGUACCCGAGGCUGUUUGUGGUUGCGACGCGGAAGUGA